AUGACGCCGAUUAAGGCAGCAAUAUUUUCGGAACUGAUGUCUAAUUUGAAUAACGCAGAUACUGCCGCAGCUGUAUGGGCUGCUCCGCAGAAUUCCCCAAACGGGUAUUACAAUCACGGCAAAUCUCGAAUGAAUAGCGAUGCCAUGAAGAAGAAGCCGGCUGAUUGCACCGUCAUUAUUGGAGGGAGCUACUUUAGUUGUAACUUAGAGGUUUUGCAGCUCCAUUGCGACUACUUUGACCACGGACGUCCGGGUAUGGCAUUCGGAUUGCCUGAGUGCAAGGUGUCCGGCGAGGCAUUUUUUACCGCCUACUCAUGGAUGAUGCAGCCGUCGACCAUCGUACGACCAGAUCAGAUUGUGCCCCUGUACUUUGUUGCCAAAUAUCUGAGAAUUGACGAGCUCCUCAAGCAGUAUAGAACUAUUUUCAAAAGUGCCUCUGUGAUGCGCGAGGAAAUUGGCUUUCAUGUUUUUCUUGGCCAUCGCAAGUGGAACGUCGUCUUGUCGCAUCAUGUCUCCCUAAAGAAUGUCCAAAAGUAUUACCUCACGCUGAUCGGAAGGCCUGAGUUUUAUGAGCUUUAUGGCAGCGAUAUCAUCGCUCUGCUCAGUUCAAAUAGCAUUUGUGUGAAUUCUGAGUUGGAGGUGUUGUUAUCAGCCAUCAUCUGGCUUCUCCAUCACUGGAAGAAUCAUCAUGAGUGGUUGGAUAGCAUCCUGAAAUGCGUGCACUUCAAUCUCAUUCCAAGAGAGGCACUCUGCCAUUUCGUGCAGCAUCCAUCUGGCAAGGAACUGAACCAUAUCACCGCACAUCCGUUGUUCCUUAACCAUUUGGCAGACACACACACCAAUUCCAAUUAUAACAUCCACUAUGGUAGUCAGCGUUCCUGGAUCUACGACCCACACAGCUCCUAUCAUCACGAUUCCCAUUGUGUACAUCGGAAUUACUUUACUUUCGAGCAGUUCUCUAUCUACCAGACUGAGCUCCGCACUGUUUCCAAGCUCCAUUGGUAUAGUCGCCAGAUGCUUAAUCCGUAUAAGCGGAGCUGUCGCAAUCUCGGCUGCCAACGGGAAAUGUUCACAAAACAUAAGCAAAGAACCUAUGACAAAAGAUAUCAGUAA